AUGACGGGCGAUACAAGACCAGACAUCUCAAUCCUCUUCGCCGGCUUCGGAGACGGACGUAACCUCUUUUCCGCUCUCACCACAAUAGCUUGCAUGGACGGAGAAUCUCGCCUCUCCUCCUUGAGCAAGCUUCAUUUCACUGUGCUAGAUCUGAAGGUGGCGGCACUGGCCAGGUUGCUCAUCUUCUUCAAUAUGAUGGAGCGAGUCGACCCGGCGGUUCCGGACGAGGUCUCCGGUGCCAAGGAUGAGUAUCUCGCCAUGGCCUACCUCUUCGGCUGUCAGAUUAUUCCACCGUUCGCCGAGGCCAAGCUCCAGAGCAACAUCAGAGAGCUCAUCAAGAGGCUCGAGGGUAAAGCUGCCCCUCUCCAGUUUGUCUACGUCCGAGACCACGAUCGCGAGCCUCUCCUUCGAGUCCUUCGUCAGUGGCAGCAACCGUGGGAAGGCUUCUCCAAGAUCGCCGACGUGCGUAGACUCAUCGAGCAAAAUCUCCGGAAAGCCGAUAUGCGCGCGGCUUCUCUUAUAGGCGAAGUGCCGGAAUUCGGGCCUAGGGAAGAACGAGAGGACUUUAGGAGAUUUCAUACCUUGCUGCCGCCUAUGGCGGAUGUGAAGCGCUGCGAGCCCUCCCUUGUCGAGUUGCUGGCAAAGUACCGAUCGUCAGGCAAGGGCAAGAAAUUAUAUCAAUACAUCGAUGCAAACUGGAGAUUCAACAAUACGCUCGUCGACUAUGACUUUGCGAAUAGAAGGCGAGAACAGGGAAUGAUUUACCCGGACCGUUCGAUUUUCAUCCUUUGGAACUGCAUCCAGAAACUUGCAGAAGUAUUCCGCGUCUUCAACUUCUCCAUACUGAUGCUUGACCCUGGGAAGCGGUUGGUCGUGGAAGUGAUUGCAGGGGAAAUGGCCGACAUCAUGGACCGCAUGCGCUACAAUUUGCUGGACCACCGGAUGUCCCCCCCGAAGAAUAGUCGCACCCCCGAUCCGACCCUGUUUCCUCGCACCUUUGACUACAUACACAUGAGCAAUAUCCCGGACUAUAUCGGUGGCCACCUAACCUCCUUCUUAACAGGCCGGCCCCUCCUCAAGGAAGACCAGCCGUCCAGCCUGCGGUUUACCAAUCUUCUCAACCCUCCAGAGUUUGAGAACCACGAGGCCUUCCGGUCCGAGUAUCUACUCAUGUACGACAUGGAGCGCAUCCGCCAGCACUUCCUGCUCACCCAGCGCCCAGGCGAGUUCACGGAGGAGGCCUCGCCACCCACGAUCAGCCCGCUCCAUUCGUUUGUAUUCGAGCAGUAUACCGUAUGGGACAGCGUACCCAGGAGCGUCAUGCCUUUUCAGAAACUCCUCUCCAAGGCCGGGUUCGAGAAGUGGGUGUAUGGCCAUUUACUAAAGAUUUGCCUUUCGCACCCACGGCCAGUCUUUAGCGACUCACCCGUGUACGCGCCGCUCAACCUCACCGCGCUUAUCCACCUCGUCGUCGGCAUGUUCGAGGUCGGAUACCCGGCGCACUGGCUCGUCCGGAUCCUGUCAUGCAUCUGCACCGGCGUCAUUACCACCUCGGCCCGGCCGCCGGAGAGGCGCGUCUACACCCCCGCGCAAGUCGACGCAGUACGUGCCCCCAAGGACAUUUGCGUACAGCCCUGGGUUGCCGAGUUUACCACUUUGGUCAGCAUAUGGCGUCGUCUGCUGCCGUUUGGGAUCGACUCUUCGCUUAGCGCAAGUCUGGUUCCGCUCGAAACGAUAUAUCUGUAUAGCAUUGCUUUUCCGCCGUUUCCUGCUAUUAGUGACCAUGGGCCUCGGUCUAUUCUUGUCUUUUGGAACACCGAGGUGGGGGAUGUUGCACAGCGUUUGGAUUCUUUGUACGACCUGUUGGACAGCAGCGGAGGAGACAAAUCCAAGUCGGCGAGGAAUAUCCGAGAGAAAGGGGUCGUCUGCGUGACCACAUUUCGGUUUACCACGGCCUCGAGGACGGCUGAAUUUUGGAUGCGGGCUGAUAAGAUGGAGCAAAUGAUGGCCGGGAAAUGGAGGGCUUUUCUUUGGCGGACAGACGAAUGGGAGGCGUCGACGCGCGGUGUAGAUGUCUCCAGCGGGGUGGCCAAGGGCAGGAAGUGGACAACGAAUGCUCUUUUGGACACCAAGCCUGAGGGUUCAUGA